UUUUUUGUUUAUUCUUUCAUGUUAUUCUACACUGUACAAAAAGGUACAUGUUUAUACCUUUGUAACCUCUUUAAACUAAUAUGACACUAGAUACCAUCAAUACUUUACCCUAUGAGAUUACAAGUCAAAUUAUAUCCUAUUUAGAUGUGACAAGUUUAUGUCGUCUAUCACAAACAUCAUCUAUAUGGUUUCAUCUGGUCAGAUCAAACGAUAUUUGGAGAAGAGAGGCCAUUGCUUGUUUUGAGCCCAAGACAGUUACCAUGGAUUGGUAUGAACUCUAUAAACACCAUACUAUUCUCAACAGACGCUGGGAAUUAGGCCAUGCUGCCACUCAUCACCUGAUGGGUCAUCAAGAUAGUGUCUAUUGCCUUCAGUUUGAUCAGACCUUACUUGUGACUGGCAGUCGAGACAGAACCAUACAGAUCUGGGAUUUAGAACACUAUCAAUCGAUCCAUACACUCUAUGGUCAUCAAGGCAGUGUUCUCUGUUUGAAAUACGAUCAAGCCAUAUUGGUGUCUGGUUCAAGUGAUACGAGUGUGAUAGUAUGGGAUAUGCGUACAUUACAGCCCAUCAUGCAACUCAAUGCCCAUACAGAAAGUGUGCUGGAUGUCUGCUUUGAUCAACAUUAUAUUGUGAGUUGUUCUAAAGACCAUACGAUCUGUAUCUGGGACAGAAUGACAGGACAAUUGAUCAGGAAAAUCAUGGCGCAUCGUGGACCUGUGAAUGCGAUCCAGCUAGUGAAUCAUCGAUUGGUGUCUGCUUCUGGUGAUGGGUUGAUCAAGAUGUGGGAUAUAGAAACAGGCGAAUGUCUUCAUAAAUAUGCUGGCCAUACAAGGGGAUUAGCCUGUGUUGCAUUUGAUGGUCAUCGCAUUGUGAGUGGAUCAAGUGACAAGACAAUCAAAGUGUGGGAUGCACAGUCUGGUCAAUGUCUUUUGAGUUGUGAAGGUCAUACUGAUCUUGUGAGAGCAUUAAGUAUUGAUCAAGACCGUAUUGUGAGUGCAAGUUAUGAUCAAACCAUACGUGUCUGGGACAUCAAGACAGGUACUUGUGCCUUGAAAUUCGAAAGUGGACAUUCAAGUUGGAUAUUUGAUGUUCAAUUGAAUGCUACUAAAAUAGUAAGUGCAAGUCAAGAUCAGCGUAUACUUGUCAUGGAUUUUGCUGCUGGCUUAAAUUUAUAUACCAAUUAAAAUGUUUUCACCGAAAAUAAUAUAUACACACACACAUGAUUUGUCAAUCAGACUGAAACACACAUACUUUUUUUUAAUUUUCUCUUUUUCU